UCCAGGAAAUGAGCAGAGACCCAGCUCGAGUGAGUCAUAGCGAAACGUUAGUGAAGACUGGCGAUGCCGGGCCACGUCUCCUUCCCCCCAGCCCGAGGGCCUGCGGCUGGGUCUGGGGGCGCCCAUGCCGUCUGAUGUCUGCCACCACCAGAUCGGCUUUGCUAAGGCAUGGAGGUGGAAGGCAUUUCAAAGGCUGAAGACAGAGCCGAGGACCUGGGUUCCACAAAUGAAGACCCACCUGCUGCACGGCCCGACCUUCCCCAGGGAGAGCCGCUCCAGGGCCCCUCUGCUCUCUGGGAGGUGCUGGAACAGAAGUUUCUGGAAUUUGAGCAGCUGGUGUUCAGGAGCCCAGAGGAACGUCAGAAGAGCCUGUUGGGGCUCCUUCCCCUCUUCCUCAAGGCUUGGGAACACUCUGUGGGGAUCAUCUGUUUUCCCAGCCUCCAAAGGCUGGCAGAAGAUGUUUCCAGCCAGCUUGCCCAAGAAAUACAGAAGGCCCUCGCUGGAAAGCCUGCAGAACAAGCGCGGGCGGCGGCUGGGCGGCUGCUGCGGUGGAAGGGGGACGCGCACCAGGGUGGCUACCUGCUCCUGAAGUCGGUGUACGUGCUCACCGGGACGGACUCGGAGACGCUGGGCAGCGUGGCCAACUCGGGGCUUCCGGCCCUGCUCCUCCAGUGUCUUUACCUCUUCUUUGUCUUUACCGUGGAGAAGGAUGAGCUUUUUGAGGGCGACCUUCAGGUUCAGAGGAUGUUCGUGCAGAUGUUGCUCAACAUUUGCAGCGACCCUCAGGGCCUGGAGGGGCUUGUCUCAGGCUCGGAGCUCCAGGCUCUGCUGAUUGCCACGACCUGUCUUUGGGAGCACAGCUGCUGCCUCUGGAAAGAGCCCACCUUCUGCGUGCUGAGAGCCAUCUCCAAGGCCCAGAGCCUCAGCGUCAUCCAGUACCUGCAGGACAUGGACUGCAUCAAGAUUUCCCUCCAGAACCUCUCCAGCCUUGCAGACACGCUCCCAGCUCCCGAGGUGAGCGAGGCUGUGAGCCUCCUCUUGGGCUUCGUGAAGGAUUCCUACCCCAUCUCCUCGGCUUUGCUCCUGGAGUUUGAGAAUGGGGAUGGCUACCCCUUGCUGCUCAAAGUGUUACUUCAGUACGAUGGGCUGUCCCUGAACGAAGUGGACCCCCACCUGGAGGAGCUCCUCGGGCAGGUGAUGUGGCUGAUGACCUGCGGGAGGUCAGAGCUGAAGGUGUUUGACAGCAUCAUUUACCCACAACUGGAAGGCUUCAAGUUCCAUGAUGAGGCGGCUGGGGUGACCAUCAAAAAUCUUCAGGCCUUCCAAGUCCUGCAGAAUGUUUUCCACAAAGCCGGUGACGCUCUCCUCUGCACGCAAGUCUUGUCUGCCAUCAGAACCACGUGGACCUGGAAUGCUCGCAACUUCUUCCUGCUGGAGUGGACCCUGCAGCCCCUCUCGCAGUUUGUAGAGAUUGUGCACCUGAAGCCAGCUCUGGUGCAGGCAACGUUCUUCCAGCUGCUGGAGGCUCUGGUGUUUGAGCUGCACUAUGUGCCCCAUGAAAUCCUACGGAAGGUGCAGCGCCUGAUCAAGGAGAGCCCCGAGCUGCCUUGCACCCUCGUGGCCCUGCAGAGUAUCCACAGGAUUGCUGGUGGGGACCCACUCUUCGCUGACAUCUUCCGUGACUCAGGGCUCCUGGGCCUGCUGCUGGCACAGCUGCGGAAGCGGGCGAAGAUCCUGAGAAAGUCAGGGAACAAGGAGGCCAUGCUGGGCAGUCAGGAUCUAGAAAGAGAGCUGCCCUGUGUGAUGCUGAAAACAGUGGCCACGCUUUUGCAGGGCUCGGUUCGGAACGCGGUUGUCCUGAAAGACCACGGCAUGGUGCCCUUCAUCAAGAUCUUCCUGGAUGACGAGUGCUACCGUGGCGCCUCGCUCAGCAUCUUGGAACAGCUCUCGGCCAUCAACGCGGAGGAGUACAUGAGCAUCAUCGUGGGCGCCUUGUGCUCAUCCACACAAGGGGAGCUGCCGCUGAAACUGGAUCUUCUGAAGUCUCUCCUUCGGACCCUUGAGACACCCAAAAGCCGGGCUGCCUUUCGAGUCUCCAGUGGCUUCACCGGACUCCUGUCGCUGCUCUCCGACCUGGAGGGCUCUCUACAGGAGCCCCCACUGCAGAUGAGCGGGGCAGUCUCCCCCAGCCAGGCCCUGGACCUCACCUUCCACACCCUCUGUGCCGUGUCUGCGGCGCUGCACCUCGACCCUGUCAACAGUGACUUCUUCAGGAGGAACGGGCUGUUUGAGAAGCUGGCUGAGGACAUCUGCCUGCUGGGCUGUUUUGGGGCCCCCAAGGAAGAGGCAGCCUCUGCGCACCCCUGGGCCGACAGGAAGCCCAGGCAGUUUGCUGGUUUGCUGAGCGCUGCCUUUUCCUCCAGCAGCCCAUUCCCAGCGCGGAUACGGAGCUGCCUCCAGAUCCUCAGCUUUCUGGACAGCAUGGCCAGAGGCACUCUCCACCUGCAGAGGGGCCUGGAGGAGUCCCCGAGGGCCGGAGAGGAGGCCUUAAAGGGUGACCGGGAGGGAGAAGCCAGCAGGAACCCCAAACACAACCUGAAGCAGUGGCCAGACCUGGAGGAAAGGACAGAUGAUGGUGAUGUUGCAAUCAUGCAUCCUGGGAUGGUGUGUAUCAUGGUGAGACUACUGCCUCGAUUGUACCAUGAAGAUCACCCACAGCUUUCCAGGGAGAUCCAGUGCUCCAUGGCCAGCCACGUCCAGUCCCUGGUGAAGUCGGAGAAGAGCCGCCAGCUCAUGUGUGAGGCGGGGCUGCUCCGGACCCUCAUGUCCUCCUGCCACCAGGUCCUGGCCAGCAGCAGCGACCCCUUGCACCUGGGCCUCAUCCGGAUUUUCGAAAAGCUCUCCUCCCAGGCCAUCGAACCAGACGUGUUAAGCCCGCAGCCUGGGGUCCCGCAGGCUCUCUGGCCCCCAGGGGUGCCCCAGGACGCUACCCCUGCCUUGCAGACAGCGCUGAGCCUCAUCUCCAUGACCUCCCCUCGCAACCUGCAGCCUCAGAGGGCAGCCCUGGCACCGUCAUUUGUGGAAUUCGACAUGUCCGUGGAAGGCUAUGGCUGUCUGUUUAUUCCCACCCUGUCAACCGUGAUGGGGACCAGCACCGAGUACUCCAUCUCUGGAGGGAUUGGAACAGGCACUCCCAGGUUGUUCCCUCCACCCGGCGGCCUGACCUUCUCCUGCUGGUUCCUGCUCGGCAGGCCCGGGGCUGCCCCCAAGGGCCACCCGCUGCGCCUCCUGACCCUGGUGCGCCACUUGUCCCGGACCGAUCAGGCCUUCGUCUGCUUCUCCGUCAGCUUCUGCCCCGACGACCUCUCCCUGGUUGUGUCUACAGAAGAGAAGGAGUUUCAGCCCCUGGACGUCAUGGAACCAGAGGAUGACACCGAACCUUCUGCAGGACGCCAGCUUCAGGUCAGGUGUGGGCAGCUGCUGGCUUGUGGACAGUGGUAUCACCUGGUUGUGGUUGUCACCAAGGAAAUGAAAAGGAAUUGUACCGUCUCUACGUACCUGGACGGGCAGCUUAUUGGCUCAGCCAAGAUGUUGUACAUUCAGGCCUUACCAGGACCUUUCCUUUCUAUGGAAGCAUCUUCUUUUGUCGAUGUGUAUGGAUACAUCGCUACCCCUCGAGUCUGGAAACAAAAAUCGCCAUUAGUCUGGCGUCUCGGACCAACAUACCUCUUUGAAGAAGCCAUUUCAAUGGAAACUCUGGAAAUUAUCAACAAACUUGGCCCAAGAUACUGUGGUAACUUCCAAGCAGUGCAAACCCAAGGAGAGGACUCUGGGAGUGAAACCACGUCCCUUGUUGCGGAGGAAGGGGUUUCCUUCGGACUCCAUGUGGCCAGCUCAUCCAUCACCACAAUUGUAGACAUAAGGCACGCGUACAACGAGGUGGACAGCCGCCUGAUAGCCAAAGAGAUGAACAUCUCAUCCCGUGACAAUGCCAUGCCCGUGUUCUUGCUGAGAAACUGUGCCGGCCACCUCUCGGGUUCUCUGCGAACCAUUGGGGCCGUCACUGUGGGCCAAUUAGGGGUGAGGGUGUUUCACUGCAGCCCUGCAGCCAGCAGUCUGGACUUCAUCGGCGGCCCCACCAUCCUGCUGGGCCUGACCGCCUUAGCCAGGGACGAGCCCACCAUGUACGCGGCUGUCAAAGUCCUGCACUCCGUCCUCACCAGCAACGCCAUGUGCCACCGCCUGAUGCUGCACCUCUCUGGGUACCAGAUCAUGGCAUUUCUCCUGAGGAAAAAGACCUCACUCCUAAACCAUAGAAUCUUCCAGCUGGUCCUCUCGAUCGCCGGCACCGCCGAACUGGGCUUUGGCUCGUCUUCCAUCACCAAUGUCGGUGUCUUCCAGCACAUCCUCUGCAAUUUCGAGCUCUGGAUGAACACUGCAGACAACCUGGACCUCACCCUCUUCUCCCAUCUUGUCGAAAUCUUUCGAUCGCCAAGGGACGGACCCAGGAACGCAGAAGUGGCCCACCAGGCACAGCUCAUCCCCAAGCUCGUCUUCCUCUUCAAUGAGCCGAGCCUCAGCCCUGCCAAGGUCCCGACCAUCGUGGCCAUCCUGGGCCACCAGCUGAAGGGCCACUUCAGCAUCCAGGACUUGCUCAGGAUUGGGCUGUUCGUCGUGUACACCCUCAAGCCUGCGUCAGCGAAUGAGAAGCAGAUCAGCGUGGAUGGAGCCCCGGACCCCUCUGUGCCCGCUGGAAGCCAAACAUCUGGAAAGGCAAUCUGGCUCAGGAACCAGUUGCUGGAGAUGCUGCUCAGUGUAAUCUCAUCCCCCCAACUUCAUUUGUCCUCUGAGUUGAAGGAAGAGGUGUUUCUACACCUGGGGCCGGACUGGUUCCUGCUGCUCCUUCAGGGCCACCUGCAUCCGAGCACCACCGUGCUGGGACUCAAACUGCUGCUGCAUUUUUUGUCAAACCCCUCCCUCCGGGGGCGCUUCAGGGACGGCCUGCUUGCGGGGUCCUGGGUGGAAACCAGCACCGCGGGCAUGCAGCUCCUGAUGGACAACCUGAAGAGCCACCCCCCUGGGCCUGACCAGAGCCCCUGCCUGCUCCCCGGGUUCCGCGUGCUGAACGACUUCCUGGCCCACCACUUCCGUGUCCCCGAGGUCUACCUCCUCGUGUCCGCCUUCUUCCUGCAGAUGCCACUCACAGAGCUGAGGGAUGAGCCCCGGGACAGCCUCGAUGUCAUGUUUCAGUGGCUCCUGCAGAAGCAUCACGAGGAAGACGUGCUCAGGGCUGGGCUCUGCCUGGAAGGCGCCUUGCUCCUCCUGGGAAUGCUCAAGGCCACCAUGAGCCAGCCCUGGGCAGGUUCCGAGGAGGGCGCCUGGGAACGGACGUGCCCGGCCAGCCUGCUGCAGCUCCUGGGCCGCGUGCACCGCACCUACCCGCAGGACCCCGUGUGGCGGGCCCCCGAGUUCCUCCAGACCUUGGCCAUGGUCACCUUCCCUCUGGGAGCCCCGAAGGGGGCCACAACUGAGUCUGCCCGGGAUGCCGGGGUGACCAGGGCCAUGGCCGAAGGCGACAGCACUGCAGAGGGGCUCCCGGCUCCCACGAACGUGCACCCUGCCCGGAAGCAGCUCAGGGAGUUCCUGCAGAGGCUCUUGAGGGAGCUCCUACUGGUGACCCCCAGCGCCAAGCAGUGGCAGCCGCUGGAGGAGCUCCUGGAGGUGCCUCCUGACUGUGCCACCAGCCAACAGAGGCGAGACUUCCAGUCGGAGAUGCUGCUCUCCACCAUGCAGAUAUUUCACUUUAGGAGUGAUGGCAGCACGCCGAUGCCCAGAGGCGGCGACGAGCCCCAACUGGCUUCAGAAGGUGCCGCCGCUCCUUCGCUCGCCAGCAUCUCCUGUUUCACCCAGAAGCUGGUGGAGAAGCUGUAUGGGGGCAUGUUCACGGUGGACCCCUGGCACGUCCUUCUCUUCAUCACGGAGCACAUCAUGAUGGUCAUCGAGUACGCCUCUUCUCAGAAGGAAGCCAUCAUCAGCACCUUGUAUAGCAGUUUAAAUAAAGUCAUUCUUUACUGCCUCUCCAAGCCCCGGCAGUCAUUGACCGAGUGCCUCAGCCUUCUCAGCGUCCUGAGCUUUCUGCGGAAACACUGGGACAUCGUGUUCGCCACCUACAACUCCAACGUCAGCUUCGUCCUGUGCCUCAUGCAUUGUCUUCUGUUGCUCAGUGCCCAGAGUUAUCCAGAAGGAUUUGGAUUGGAACCCAAGCCUAGAAUGACUCCUUAUCAUCAAGUCUUCCUUUCCCUAAAUGAAGAAGCAAGAGAAAAAAGAGAGGAAGACUUGCCAAGUUUGAGUGAUGUCCAGCGCAACAUCCAGAAGGCUGUGCGGACGCUCUGGCAGCAGCUAGUAGCGCAGAGGCGGCAGGCUUUGGAGGACACCCUCAAGAUCGAUCUCUCGGUGAAGCCUGGGGAGAGUGACGUGAAGAUUGAAGAGAUCACCCCACUCUGGGAGGAGACGAUGCUCAAGGCCUGGCAGCUUUACUUAGCCUCUGAGAAGAAGACGCUGGCCAGUCGCCCAAAUGCUGCACAUCACAGCAAAGUCAGUUCAUGGAGUGGGAGCCUGUCUUCAGCCAUGAGACUGAUCCCUGGUCGGUCAGUCAAGGACCCUGAGUACAGGACCGAGGAUUUUGUGUCAUAUAUAGAGAACUACAGAAGAAAAGGACAAGAACUAUAUGCAUCAUUAUAUAAAGAUCAUGUGCAGAGGCAGAGAUGUGGCUGCAUCAAGGCAGCCAACGCCUGGGCCAGGAUCAGGGAGCAGCUCUUUGGGGAGCUGGGCUUGUGGGGGCAGGCGGCAGAAGCUGAGCCGUGCCCCCAGUGGGAGCUUGACUGGAGAGAAGGACCUUCCCGCAUGAGGAGAAGAAUCAGACGUUUGUCCCGGUUGGAUGCCCUGAGUCAAGGAAGCCACAAGGAGAGCCGGGAUCGAAAUGAUGCUAUUUCUCAAACACAUGCUGGAAACCGAGCUGCAGCUGAGCUGACACCAAAGGAAGAUGAGAGCGAGAUUGACGAGGUGGCCAUGGACUGCACCCAGCUGACGUUCUUCCCUGCCCUGCGUGAGAGUCUGCACUCAGAAGAUUUCUUGGAAUUGUGUAGGGAAAGAAAAGUUGUUUUACAGGAACUUCUUGAUCAAGAAAAGGUGACACUGAAGUACUCCCUGGUGGUUGUGCAAGGGCACCUGGUCUCAGAGGGAGUCCUGCUCUUUGGCCGCCAGCACUUCUACAUCUGUGAGAACUUCACACUGUCUCCUGUGGGCGACGUCUACUGCACCCGCCACUGCUUGUCCAACAUCAGCGACCCCUUCAUUUUCAACAUGUGCAGCAAGGACAGGUCCUCCGACCAUUAUUCGUGCCAGCGCCACAGCUACGGCGACCUCAGGGACAUCCGCCAGGCGCGCUUCCUCCUGCAGGACAUCGCCCUGGAGAUCUUUUUCCAAAAUGGCCAUUCCAAGUUUCUUGUCUUCCACAACAGUGAUCGGAGCAAGGCCUUCAAAAGCUUCUACUCUUCGCAGCCCAGCUUGAAGGGGAAAAGUAUCGCAGAGGACUCCAUUAAUAUAAGGAGACCCCCGGGCUCUGACAGGACCAUGUUGCAGAGGUGGCAGAAAAGGGAAAUCAGCAACUUUGAGUAUCUGAUGUACCUCAACACGCUGGCUGGAAGGACCUACAAUGACUAUAUGCAGUAUCCAGUGUUCCCCUGGGUUCUCGCUGACUACACUUCGGAGACAUUGAACUUGACCAAUCCCAAGACUUUCCGGGAUCUCUCGAAGCCCAUGGGGGCUCAGACCAAGGAAAAGAAGCUGAAAUUUAUCCAGAGGUUUAAAGAAGUUGAGAAGACUGAAGGAGACAUGGCCGUGCAGUGCCACUACUAUACCCACUACUCCUCCGCCAUCAUUGUCGCCUCCUACCUCGUCCGGAUGCCACCUUUCACCCAGGCCUUCUGCUCCCUGCAGGGCGGAACCUUCGAUGUGGCGGACAGAAUGUUCCACAGCGUGAAGAACGCCUGGGAGUCAGCCUCCAGAGAGAACAUGAGCGACGUCCGGGAGCUGACCCCAGAGUUCUUCUACCUGCCCGAGUUCCUGACGAAUUGCAACGCGGUGGAGUUCGGCUACAUGCAGGACGGGACGGCGCUGGGGGACGUGCAGCUCCCACCCUGGGCUGACGGAGACCCCCGGAAAUUCAUCAGCCUGCACAGGCAGGCUCUGGAAAGUGACUUCGUAAGUGCCAACCUCCACCACUGGAUAGACCUCAUUUUCGGAUACAAGCAGCAGGGGCCAGCCGCGGUGGAGGCCGUUAAUACCUUCCACCCCUACUUCUAUGGAGACAAAAUGGACCUCAGCAGCAUCAGUGACCCUCUGAUCAAGAACACCAUCCUGGGCUUUGUCAGCAACUUUGGGCAGGUCCCCAAACAGCUCUUUACCAAACCCCACCCGGCCAGGACUCCCGCAGGGAAGCCUUCGUCUGGCAAAGAUGUGUCCACAGUGAUGAGCCCGCCGGGUCAGCCCCAGCCGUUUCUCUACAGCCUGCCGUCUCUGAGGCCCUCCCAGGUCACAGUGAAAGAUAUGUUCCUUUUCUCGCUAGGCUCAGAAUCCCCCAAAGGGGCCAUCGGCCACAUCGUUCCCACCGAGAAAACAAUCUUGGCUGUGGAGAAGAACAAGAUGCUGCUGCCCAGCCUCUGGAACAGGACCUUCAGCUGGGGAUUCGAUGACUUCAGCUGCUGCCUGGGCAGCUACGGCUCCGACAAGAUCCUGAUGACCUUCGAGAACCUGGCCGCCUGGGGCCGCUGCCUGUGCGCCGUGUGCCCGUCCCCCACGACCAUCGUCACCUCUGGAGCCAGCGCCGUGGUGUGCGUGUGGGAGCUCAGCAUGACCAAGGGCCUCGCCAGGGGCCUGCAGCUCAGGCAGGCCCUGUAUGGACACACACAGCCGGUCACGUGCCUGGCCGCCUCUGCCGCCUUCAGCCUCCUGGUGAGCGGCUCCCAGGACCGCACCUGCAUCCUUUGGGACCUGGACCACCUGGCCCACGUGGCCCGCCUGCCCGCCCACCGUGAGGGCAUCUCCGCCAUUGCCAUCAGCGACGUCUCGGGCACCAUCGUCUCCUGCGCUGGGGCCCACUUGUCCCUGUGGAAUGUCAACGGACAGCCCCUGGCUAGCAUCACCACGGCCUGGGGCCCAGAAGGAGCCAUGACCUGCUGCUGUGUGAUGGAGGUGCCUGCAUGGGACACAAGCCAUGUCAUCAUCACUGGGAGUCAGGAUGGCGUGGUCCGGAUUUGGAAGACGGAGGAUGUGAAGAUGUCUGUCCCAGGGCAGGCAGCGGCAGAAGAGUCCUCAGCUCAGCCAACAAGCCCAAGAGGUCCCAGGUGGGAGAAGAACCUUGCCUUGUGCCGGGAGCUGGACGUCAGUGUGGCUUUGACGGGGAAGCCCAGUAAAGCCAGCCCCGCAGUGACCGCCUUAGCCAUGUCCAGAAACCAGACCAAACUCUACGUUGGCGAUGAGAAGGGGCGGAUAUUCUGCUGGUCUGCAGACGGGUAGGAAGAAAGCCAUGGUGGCUGGGCCACGCCUGGGAGGCUCUGGUGGAGCAUCCUGUGUGCGGGGAGGGGCUCCGGCACUCUGGGACACACGGCUUGGUUGCAAAGGAAACCCCCAGGGCCUCCCUUCCUCAUCCUGAGGGGCCCUUCCCCUCCCAAGCCUUCAAGAAGGGACCUGCCUGCAAUCAGAGCCCCACACCCCAACCCUUUCCAUGGCCCCGCGGAACUUGGUCUUUGAUUACACAAGGACAAGCAUCUACAGGAAGACUAAGACCCCAUCUUCGGGGCCUGUGAGGGGCACAAGGGAAGCUGGGAAUUGCCCAAGCCAACUGCACACUAAAUUCCACCCAUGUCACCUUACCGAGGGCUUACUGCACUGAAACAAGUUGGGUCGCUUCCUGGAAACUACUGGAAAAUGUUGUGUCAUCUUUAUUUUAUUAAAGCAACUGUUUUCCAAAUA